UAUAACAAUAUAUACCCUGUUGUUUUUUUGUCACAUCAGUUCAGUCAACGUCCAUUUCCAGCGGGAUAACAGCCACCCAACCUACUGCCUGUCAUGAGCAGGAAGAUACACCAACACAGGCAGCUCAGUGCUGACACUGAUAACUUCAGAGACGUGAUUCCUUUGGGACCUCCAGUCAUGAAGAUCGAAAUGGAGAGGAUGACUGCAAAGGGGGAAGAUUGCAUGAAAGAUGUCAUUCUCUACUACAGAUGAAAAAAAACGCAGCAGAGGAGAGGGGAGGGAGGGAGGACAGAGACACAUCGGCUGUAUAACAGAGAGCUUUGGUCAUAAAGCUGCCAGGGCUCAGCAGCUUCUCUCCUUCCUUCUCUCUCUCAGUGAGGAUGGAGACCCUGGAAGAAGUUGAACUCUGCUUUCCACAAUUCCUCAACGCUUCCUGCAAGAAGCCAAAGCGUUCUCACUUUGAGGUCAUACUGUCUUACAUUAUACUGUCCUCCAUCACUGUGCUCACCAUAACUCUAAACCUGAUAGUCAUCAUCUCCAUCUCACACUUCAAGCAGCUCCACACCCCCACCAACCUCCUCCUCUUCUCUCUGGCUGUCUCAGAUUUAUUUGUGGGCCUCCUCAUGGUCUUUCAAAUUAUGAUCAUAGAUGGCUGCUGGUUCCUCGGUGACCUUGUGUGUGUUCUGUAUUAUGUUUUGGACUAUAUUAUUACCUCUACCUCAGUAGGAACCAUGGUGCUCAUAUCUGUUGAUCGCUACAUAGCAAUUUGUGAUCCUCUGCAUUACUCCACCAGAGUCACUCAAAAAAGAAUUCAAGUCUGUGUUUCUCUGUGUUGGAUAUGCUCUAUACUCUUUCAAUGUAUGGUUCUUAAGAAUAACUUGGAAGAACCAGGCAGCUCUAUUUCCUGCUCUGGUGAGUGUGUGGUUGUUAGUAACUACAUUGCAGGAUUUGUUGAUCUGGCUUUGUCCUUUAUUGGUCCUGUCAUUGUCAUCAUUGUUCUUUAUAUAAGAGUGUUUGUGGUGGCUGUGUCUCAGGCUCGUGCCAUGCGGUCUCAUAUUGUAGCUGUCACAAUUCAGGGUUCAGUGAGUGUAACUGCUAAGAAAUCUGAAAUGAAAGCAGCCAGGACUCUCGGUGUUGUUAUCGUUGUGUUUCUAAUAUGUCUCUGCCCAUAUUACUGUGUUGCUCUUACAAACCAAGAUAACUUGCUCAAUGCUUCAUCUGAUGCAUUUGUGGUAUGCCUCUUCUAUUUUAAUUCCUGUCUGAACCCUAUAAUCUAUGCCUUUUUCUAUCCCUGGUUCAGAAAAUGUCUUAAGCUCAUUGUUACACUUCAGAUACUGCAGCCUGACUCCUGUGAGGCCAACAUACUGUAGUGAGAGAGAGUAGUGACUAAAAACAUUUGAAGAAAAGAAAAUUAUACUUGGCCAUAUUGUAAUGAAUUAAAAAAUAUAAGAUUGUGUAAAGUGAACACAUCCUUCUCUUUGCAUUUAUUGCAUGGACUGUAUGUCAUAUAAACCUGUAGAAAUAGUGAGCAUUAAAAGACAAUCUACA